UAACAAAUCCGGGUUUAAAAAAUACCCCACACUCAAUUGCGUGUCGGUUUGAGUUACUGAACGCGUCUUUGCAUCUCAGCGGCUUGUGUGAUUUUUUUUCCGUGCUAUUAGGCUGCAUUUGUUUUUUAUGCCGCUUCCGGGACCCGGCAGUCGGUUCCUUACUUUGAAGUGCGCUCUGCUCCAGCCUCAGUUCAGUUGGUGUUGGAGUCGCCUACAGGAGAGACCUACCGUACGGCAUGGCAGCCUGAAACCACUGGGAGGAAAAAAGGAGGAGGGAGAAAAGCGGUAUUUUUUUUUUUCCUCUCGGGUGCAUUUUUCUCUCCGUAAAAACCGACUCGAACCUGAACGGACCGUAUGUGGACGCGCCGUGGAGACGAGUAUUGUGGAUUAUGCGCGUUUUUUGGCGGAUAAAAAACAACGGGAGUUUAAUUUGAGAGCAGAACUCGUGGAUCGAUGAGAGAAGACGGGCAGCCAGAGAGAAGCUCCCCCGCUGACAUAAGAGAGUGAGGAGAUUACAGUAGAAGCUCAGAGGAGGCGAACAACACACGGGCUCUCUCCUGCUGCCUUCAGAGCCAUGAGCCGGGCGCUUAUGGACCAUAUCGCCAGUAGUUUCCGCGAAGAUGCUCCUCGACCCCCGGUGCCUGGGGAGGAGGGCGAUGCGCCCUGCUACCCCGGCAAACUCGCAAUGAUGAAACCCCUGGAAUCCCCCAAAUCAGUUUUACUCGGCUCUCCGGGCUCCUCGGCGAGGAGGAACGAGGAUGGUCUUGGGGAGCCAGAGGGGAGUGCCUCCCCGGAUUCACCGCUUUCCCGGUGGACAAAGUCUUUGCACUCUCUCCUCGGAGACCAGGACGGUGCUCUUCUUUUUAGGACAUUCCUGGAGCGAGAGAAAUGUGUCGAUACUUUAGACUUUUGGUUCGCCUGCAAUGGCUUCAGGCAAAUGGACCUCAAGGAUACCAAAACACAGAGAGUGGCCAAAGCAAUCUACAAGCGCUACAUUGAAAACAACAGCAUUGUCGCCAAGCAGCUGAAGCCCGCAACUAAGACCUUCAUCCGGGAUAAUAUCAAGAAGCAGCACAUAGACUCUGCCAUGUUCGACCAGGCUCAGACCGAGAUCCAGACGAACAUGGAGGAGAACGCCUACCAGAUGUUCCUGACCUCUGACAUUUACCUCGAGUACGUGAGGACUGGGGGUGAAAACCCGAGUCACGUCAACUCGAACGGGCUGGGCGACCUUAAAGUGGUGUGUGGAUACCUGCCCACGCUCAACGAGGAAGAGGAGUGGAGCUGUGAUUUCAAAGCCAAAGCCCUGGUUGGACUGUCUGCAAAGGCUCAGAGGGCCCCCGUGUCCAUGAGGGCAGUGGAGGUGAUGGACAGGGGAUACAGAUCAUACAAGAGAGGAGACUCACUAAACCCCUGCCAUGUGGGGUCCUUUGCCCCGGUCAGCAGCACCAACGACAGUGAGGUGUCCAGUGACGCCUUGACCGACGACUCCAUGUCUGUGACUGACAGCAGUGUAGAUGGCAUCCCUCCGUAUAAACUAGGCUCCAAGAAGCAGCUACAGAGAGAGAUGCAGCGCAACAUGAGAAUGAACAGCCAAGUCUUUCUGCCUGCUUUUCCUCGUACUCGCCAUCCUCCCAAGGAUAUCGUCCCCAUGGAGCCAGCAGAGUUUGCAGCAAAGCUCAUCUCCCGCUUGGAGAGCCUGAAGAGAGAGCAGGACACCAUAAGCUCUCUGGAGGAGAGGCUACAGCAGAUUCAAGAGGAGGAAGAAAGAGAAGACACCGAGAUAAUGGGAAGCGCUCCUCAACUCUCUCAUCACCCCUUGACCCUCCUCUCAGGCUCCUCCGAUGAAGAUCCUCAGGCGAUCUUAGACGAGCACCUCUCUCGUGUCCUGAAGACCCCCGGCUGUCAGUCCCCCGCUGUCAUCCGCCACUCGCCUCGCUCUAGCUCCCCAGAGCAGCGGCCCUUCACACGGUCAGGCUUUGGAAUUAAAGCUCUAGUGAGGACGGGGCCUUCUACAUCCUCUGUGUCCAGUCCUGACCAGGGGGCCAUCACUCUGGCCCUGGGCCCCAACAGAACCCUUAUAAGCAGGCAGAGCACGAAACACAUCCACCACCACUACAUCCACCAUCACGCCAGUCCCAAGAGUAAGGAGCAGAUUGAAAGGGAGGCGGCGCUCAGGGUGCAUGGCCUGUGUUCUGGCAGCGCAGAAUGUCAGCCGUGCCCCCCUUACCAACGCAGUCGCAGUCUGGGGAGGGAGAUGUGUGGGGCGAUCUCAGCGGAGAACAGUAUGGGGCGGUCCAGCUCUCUGUCCAGGCGUGUGUGUCGUUCAGGGGCGGAGGAUGGAAUUGCAGAAAGGUGUGUGGAGGACUGUGGGCCCUCACAGCUGCCCAGUGACACAACAGACCCCACCCAAAAUGUUCUCCAGUGGAUCCUGGAGAGUAAACGGCAGGGCAGGCACAAGUCUCACAGUGCCCAAAGCGCCAAGAAGUCCUUUGGAAGCUCCUCGACCCAGACGCAUACAUGGGGUGGAGGUGGAAGCUGUGGUCACCUCCGUGGCCAUCAACCAGCACAACCAUUCAUCCAAGAUCCUGCUAUGCCUCCACUGCCUCCUCCUAACACUUUGGCCCAGUUGGAGGAGGCCUGUCGCAGACUGGAGGAGGUCUCAACAAAGACCACCAAGCAAAGGCAUUCAAUGUCCAGUCUCCAGCGAGAGAAGAGCCACUUAGUGCCUGUCCAGGGCGGGGUGUCCGUCCCCCUGUCUCUAGCCAAUCCCAUCCCCACUGGCCUCCUCUCCACCAGCCCCAGCCUCCAAUCAGAAGAGAUCAAGGAGUGUAAAAAGGGUUCAGGAAGCCACGGGGUGUGCAACGGAGAGACGGUGGUGACAUAUUUCUUCUGUGGUGAGGAGAUCCCCUACCGGAGGACCAUGAAGAGCCACAGUCUCACCCUGGGCCACUUCAAGGAGCAGCUCCGCAAGAAGGGCAACUAUAGGUACUACUUCAAGAAGGCCAGUGAUGAGUUCGAGUGCGGUGCGGUGUUCGAGGAGGUGUCAGACGACUGCUCCUUGUUGCCCACCUACGAAGGAAAGAUCUUGGGCAAAGUGGAGAGGAUGGAGUGAGACCUGCCCGUGUUUUGGAUUACACUCCCUAUGGACAUUUCACCCCGCCAUGGAUGGAUGGAUGUACUCCUUCACACACAAACCACAACUGAUGUGUCUUUUUAAGCUAAGACUGGAUUUGUCAUGGAACGAAACAAGGUUUGGGCAGAUCGGACGAAGGAACGAUCCAGGAGUUUUAAAAGAAAAAAAAAAAGAAAAGGAAGAAGGACAUGUUAUCGAUAUUACCGGACUAUCAUGUGAACAGCUCGUCUUCAAGUGAAGAAAAUAACAGACUUUGUUGCUGGACUGAAACAUCUCCAUGUUUCCAGAAGAGAAGACUCUAGAGACUCUAGGUGAAUGACCACUCGUCAGAGAAGCAGGGCAGUGGGUUCAAAAGUGGGACUGAUGCUUACCUGACCCUGCCUGUGCCAGCGUUUUCCCACGGGGCAAUCACUGGCACCCCACUUAUAUGUAUAUGCAGAUAUACAUGUACAUUGCAUUGUAUUGUGAUCCUCGUAUUGCUGUGUAAAGAUUUCUAUUGCUAUUUAUUGGAAGUAUCCCUGUCUCAAACCCCAUUAUUCUUCCAUGGACAAGCUGCUUGGAGAUGGAGAAACUUCUCCGAUUUUCUGUGAUAUUUUAUUUUUCUUCUUUUUUUUCCCUCCAGAGCAUCAGUUCUCAAGCAAAGAAAAUGUUUUUAUUCAUGUUCGGCCCAUCAUAUUGAACUGUAAGCUUCAAAAAUACCUCUUCAAAAAGCUCCGCUCCUGUUUCUGGAGAUUUAGUGGGACAUCUCUGAUCUCUUGGCUGGAGAGCUUACUGCUGAAGCUUUGAGAAUGGCUCUUGUAUCACUUAAGUUUGAUAAUAUAUUUACUACUGCAGUGCUAUUUGUGGGUGUGUCCCCCCAUCUGCUCUGAAGGGCCCUGAUUGUACAAUGAAAAAGGAACAAAAAUGCUAUUAACGUUUAAUUUCCCUACUCUGGGACUCCGCAUAGAUAGCCUUGAUCUGUCGCGUCUUAGUGCCUUUGUUCCAGUGGCGCAGGCAUCGCACAAAUAGCCUACGUAUUUCCUAAGAGGACACUGCCCUGAACAGGUUCUCAAGUCCCCAAAAUGUGUUUACACCAAUAUUAAUAUUUACCAACAAAAGCUCUAUAAUGUGUCCCCAAUGUGCUUACCUAUGUGUAUGUGUGACUGAGUUGCUUUUGAAUAGGAUUACUGUGUGUGAUGUGCAAGCGUGCAUUGUGUGCUGCAGAUGAUGAUGGUGGUGGUGGUGAUAUACACUAUGUCCAUAGUGUUUUAAUUGAGUACAGUAGCUGUGCCUACAUGGAUUCUUGCCGUGUUUUACCCAGUUUUCAGGGUCCUGUUACUCCCUUGGUUUUUACAAGGGGCCUUAUGUUGAAAAGAUAUUUUUAUGCCUUUUAGUAUCCGUUUCAUCAUGUUUAUGUUUUAUAAUAUUUUUCAUGGCUUCCUUGGCUCCACUUGUAAACUGUAAAUUAUGCGUUCUAUAGAGCUCAGUUGAAAAGAUGCCUCGGUACUUUAAUUAUUGUAAUUAUGAAGAGAUGUAGCCUUUAUUAAAAUGUUCUAUUUUUCAAAUUAGCAAA